AUGUGGAUUCCUGGUAAAGCUACACUAAGUAAAGCGUUAAGGGAGGCGCGAGCCUCUUUGGUGAAAUUGGAUAUUGCUGCUGAAUUAGUAAAAGAUCUUGAAAUUCCAAAGAAUUCUACAGUGAUUGAAUUAAAUUCUGGUUAUGGAUGUUUUACAUAUGCACUCCUCCAAUGUCCCAAUGUCAAAAGAGUCAUUGCAGUUGAAAAUAAUAAAGAUGCUUUGAUUUAUUUACAAAAAUUAAAAUGCGAAUCAGAUAACCGUUUACAAAUAUUAGAAGUUAAAAAAGUUUUGAAUCAAAAUGAUUGGAUAUCAGAUAUUCAAGUAGAGUCACAUCCUUGGGAAGAAGGGCAAUAUCUCAAAGAUUUUCAUCGACGAUCCGGGAUUCAAAAAUUCGGUAGAGUUAGAAUGAAUUUAAUUACUCCGUCGUUUGCUGCUGAGAAAUUAUCAGCAUCGACAGGUGACAGUAAACGUUCAAAAUUAAGUUUUAUGAGAGAAGCAGUUUCCGAAUUAGAAAUUUUACGAUUAAUUCCUGAAGAUGCAUUUCAACCGAAAGGUAUACAUGUAUUAUACAGUAUGAUUCCAAUGGCUGAAUCGAAAAUUAGUAAAGAAGUACCACUAGAAACUUUUGAGUUCAUAUUAUCUCAUAUGGUAUUAAAAAAGAAUGCACCUAUACGAGAUAUGUUAUAUAAAUUGGGAGCAGGUGCUGAAAAUAUAAACAUAAAUUUAACUUUUGAUUCAAGAAAAGCAGUGGUUGAUGCUACUGUCGAUCAUUUAGUAGAAUUAGCUUAUCAUUUUGAGAAAUGGCCAUUUCGACCUCCUGAUUUUGAUAUGAAUUCUAUUGACCCAGACUUUAAACACCGUAAGAGAGCUUAG